UGUUUAUGUCUGGAGAAGAACAAGGGAAAAAAAUGAGCCCAGAGCAGGUUCACCAGCAGCUGAGGACAAAGUUAAAGCCAAGUGAAUAUGUGACAACUCAACAAAUUCGAUCAUUAUUCUCUAGGCGAGUAAAUUUACUUCUAUAUUUACUGAUACCCAAAGUAUGAAUGAUAUAAAAUUUAAUUUUAUUCUUUUCUUGAGUUUUAAGAUAAAUAUUUUGAAUUUACCUUCAUGCUUCAAGUACAUUUUUUUAGAUGGAGUAAACAAAAAAGAGAAGGAAAGCUAGUUACCAUUUUUUGUGAAGAUGCUAAUCUAACUGAUGACAUGAUUGAUCUGACUGAUGAUGCGAGACAUACAAGUCAAAAUAAAGAUGAUGAUUUAAACAACGAUAUUCAGCUCAUAGCAAAGGAGUUAGCAGCUGAUUUUCAAAUUGGUGAUUGGGUUGCUAUUGAAUAUAAUAUGCAGUGGUAUCCUGCAAUAAUUCAAAGUGUCAAUCGUGACAAUGUUCAUGUUUCUUGUAUGGAAUAUUCUACUACACCUGGAAAAAACUGUUUCAAGUGGCCAACCAAGGAAAAUAUUCUCCAAUAUUUAUAUCUUGACGUUAUUUGUAGGAUUGAUGCACCAACACCAACUAAUCAAAGAGGGGACUAUUCUCUCUCAAUAGACGAUAUGUAUAACAUAAAAAUUCAGAUUGACAGAUAAACUUCUUUAAAACUUUAUUUGGUUUGCUUUCUUAAACAAGUUGUAUUUGAAAAAACGUUUAUCCGAAAUUUACAUAAUUGUUUUAACAAUGAUAUAAACACUUCAAAGUGUGUGAUGUUUGGAUCUUUUUCUCAUUAAAGAAACUUAGAAAAUAACUUUUAUCAAGCGC